AUGACCGUCGACGAGAAAAGCCCGCCGCCUCAAACGCCGUUCAAGGUGCUGGUUCUUGGCGGCUCCUAUGCCGGUCUGACCGCAGCCUUGGACAUGGUGAAGCUAUCGGAAGGCAAGUCACCAACGGAUUAUCUAGAACAUCCAUCAACAUUCCACGUGCCAGUCGACGUUACAAUCGUGGGCGAGAGGGAUGGCUUCUGCGCACCGCUCGCUUUGAUCGAAGAAGACUACACGGCAAGGGCAUGGACUAAGUUCUCCGACCUGAAGGCCGCCCGCCAUCCAAAGCUGCAUUUCCUGCAUGGUUCCGUCAAGGCCAUUGACUGCGAGACAUCGACAGCGUACAUUCAGCCACAUGGAGCUGUAGGCCAAGAGAAGCAUUCCUACGACUACCUCAUCUGCGCAACGGGCUACCGCCGAACAUGGCCUACCGUGCCGCAAGCUCUGGACCGGGAGUCGUACCUCGCCGAGGCUCGGGGCCACAUUGACAGCGUCAAGGCUGCUGAACACGGCAUCGUUGUCAUAGGAGGUGGUGCCGUCGGCAUAGAAAUGGCAGCUGAAGCCAAGAUGGUCUACCCUGGCAUCAAGAUUACGCUUGUGCACUCGAGAGAUCGCCUGCUCUCCGCCGAACCACUGCCAGACGAGUUCGCGGAAGAGGCACUUCGGCUGCUAUGUAGAGGUGGUGUGGAAGUGACUCUUGGGAAGAGAGUUGUUGAGGUAUCAGAUGACACUCAACCUGGCUCGGCGAACAAGAUCCUGCGGUUGUCCGACGGUACCUCGAUGUAUGCCAGCCAUGUCAUCAGCGCAGUUAGCAAGCCGACCCCAACCAGCAGUUUCUUGCCCACCGCAACGAUGGACGCAGAGGGCCUGGUCGAAGUGUCCUCGAGUCUGCACUUUGCCGGCGUUGACGUUCCAUCUGGCACACAUCUUGCCGUUGGCGACAUCGCCGCAUGGCCGCCCACAGGCACACCCACCAUUAAGAGAUGUGGUGGCGCUAUGUACAUGGGCCAUGUUGCAGCACUCAACACCUACCAGCAUAUGUUGCAUCGUCUCGAUCUGGCUGGGCCGCCUGAAUACACCAAACUCCCUGUAUUCCCGCCUGCGAUUGCUAUUGCUCUCGGAGACACUGCGGUCGGAUACUGGGAGGAAGCAGGCGUUACAAAAGGUGAUGAGCUGCGAGAGCGCAUGUUCUAUGAUGAUUUAGGCCUGGAGAUUUGCUGGAAGGGCAUGGGACUUGCGGAUGCGCCGGCUGAGGAGGCAACCAAAGCAUAG